CAGCUGUCUUGGCCCACUCACCGCUUUAUUUCCCCGUCGACGCCUCUGCUCUCGUGCUUCCCAAUCGACGCCUCUGCUCUCCUCUUCCCCUCCGCCAUGAACGAGGACACACCGUCCUCCUCCAUCCUCGUCUUCCCCUCCGCCAUGAAGGAGGUCGCACCCUCCUCCACGCUCCACUUCCCCUCUGGCAUGAACGAGGACGAACCCUCCUCCUCCACCCUUCUCUUCGCCUCCGCCAUGAACGAGGUUAGACCCGGCAUGGUUUUGGAUCUCGACGAUCCUCCUAGUCGCUACAACAGAUUGGGGAAAGUCACUACCGCCGGGGUGGAGCAGGGAAUCGGAUGCGGAGGUGCUGAAAAGGAGGCUGGGGUGGGUCUUGGGCAGUCAUCUCCGCUGUCGGCCGAGGCGGAGCAGAGCAUCCCGGGCGCAAGGGGUGCUGAAAAGGAGGCGGCGGUCGGUCCUGGGAGCUCGUCGGCACUCACGGCCAUGUGCCUCUCGCCCGGUAAUCUCAGUAACGAAGUCCCCGAUCCCCUUCUGAAUCCGAAUCCGUUGAUCCGGAAAGACUUGCCUGAUCCAGAACGGAAACAUCGUUCCUUUUUACGUGUAUGACUUGAUGCAUUUGAGGGGAAACAGUGGUGUCCGCCCGAAGCAAUUCAUUGAGAGUAUCGAUGACGACUGAGAAAAAAUGUGCCUAUGCAUGAUAUGGGGGCUGUCAAACAUGCGCUAGUGCAAACAAUCAAGAAAAAAAAGAUCCAUUAUGUACCCUUUUGUUGCGAUUUGGAAUCUUGCCCGCGAUCUGCAGUCCGUGAUCCUCAAGACGGCGGUGCCCGUGAUGGCCAUGGUGCUGCUGCUCACGGCGUCGACUGUCUCCGUGGCGCCGGACGACUGUGCCUGCGCCUACCUCCGCGCGUGCUUCGGCAGCAACUACUUACUGAUGGUCGGCGUGCUCUGCCAGAUCAACCUGGCCCGUCUUCUGGCGAAGGAGGCCGUUCUGGCGCCGACGCUGGCGGCCCGGCGCUACUACGCGGUGGGCGCCGUCGCGUGCUUCAUGGAGCUCGCGCUCAAGCUGUACAUGAUCCUGGUGCUGUGCCCCUCGGCUUAGCUUCGUCGCGCGCGCGUGGAUGUGCCUGCCCAAGGAUCGAAGAUGGAUAGUUUUGGAGUCUGAAGAUGCGCCGUCUUGUUCAGUUAUUACUACUACUCUGCUAAGUUUUACAAGUUUCGAAGGGGAAUGUCGUAUGGUGUUUUAGUUUCAAUUCAAUUUGCCUGUCUGGAGAUGUUCGUCCUUGGGUACAAAGACUACCUUAGUACUACUGUAGUAUUUUGUUAGUCUUGUUCCGUUGGAGUUUAGACUGUCUGUAUGAACUUGGAGGGAUUUGAAUUUGUUUAGCUCAAGCCUUGAAGGUUGCAACGUCUUA